CCCGAUAAUUACUGAUUGUUAAGAUGCCACAAGCAGAGAUUAAAAAAAAGAAAGAAUGGAUAUGUACACAUACGACCUCUCUCUCUUGGAUUUCUCCGAUCCCUUCUUCGAUCCAAUCUCCACUUCUCACCUUCACCACCUUCUUCACCGUUCGUCGUCGUCAUCAUCAUCAUCAUCAAAGUCUUCAACAGUAAUCGAUCGCCAUGAUAAGCCAAAGAGCCCUCCAAGGCACCGUCAUGAUGGAACGUCCCCUCUCCCACUUGGAAUGGAUUGGUGCCUCCCUCCUCGUAAAUGGGAUGGACGGAAUUCCGUUUGGCCUCAUGAUCCACAUACCGGAUGGAGCUAUUGUGUUACCAUUCCUUCUUGGAUUCUUGUGCCCAAGUCAAGAGGUUCAGAUCCUGUCGCGUUUUACAGAGUUCAAGUUGGUGUACUGUCACCCGAAGGGCUCACCACCACCAGAGGGAUAUUGCGAAGAUUUAGUGAUUUUUUAAAUCUAUUUUAUGAGCUUAAAAAGGCAUUUCCUCUUAAAACUCUUCCUCCAGCUCCUCCAAAGACGAUUUUGAGAAUGAAGAGCAGGACAUCUGUGGAAGAGCGAAGAUGUUCUCUGGAGGAUUGGAUGGAAAAACUAUUAUCGGACAUUGAUGUAUCCAGAAGUGCUCCAGUAGGAACAUUUCUUGAGCUUGAGGCUGCAGCAAGGUCAUCUUUUGAUGAUGCAAAUCAGCAAGGGGAAGAUGUUGAUUCAUCUGUUAUUGGCAUGGUUCCAUCAUUUCUUCUGCAAACCAGCUCGGAUGGUUCUGUUCUUGCUGGUAGUACAUCAGUUGCAUCAUAUCAUGAUUAUGAUUCUCCUGGUGAGAUGUCAGGGUUUGCAACUCCAAGGAUUGAAAGAGAUAUCAAUGAUGAUCUUGGCAUGGAAGCUUCAAUGUCUGAUCAAAACAUAAGCGAUCCCACUGAAACACCUGUUAAACACAGUAGGUUUAGCAAGAGCUCUGUUCUGGAGAACCUAGAAAGGGUUAAAAGUAUCACAGGCAGAGAUAAACAUGCUGAUAGUACAUCUAAAGCUAAAUCUUUUCUUGGUGAUGAAACGGUACCUUUGCCCGAACAAGAGUAUCUGAGACUGGAUGGUCAUAUCCGACAACUGUCUACAGAGAGUAUUGAGAGUGACAUCAGUUCUGUGAGAGCUAGUGAAAUAUCAAAUUUGGGGAUGGGUAAUUUAUUUGGUGAUAAUUCCAUUGAUUGUCCUGAAGGAACUGAGAGUUCUAAAAUCAUUGAUGCUUCUGUAAGCUCUGAUUUACAGUUAUCAAGGGAUGUACUAGUUGCUCUUCCAUCAGAUGAGCGCCAUAAAUUGAACAGGGUUCUUAAUACUUUACAGCAAAGACUGGCUACUGCAAAAACAGAUGUGGAAGAUCUUAUAGCAAGAUUAAAUCAAGAGAUUGCUGUGAGGCAAUUCUUGACAACAAAGGUUAAAGAUUUGGAAGUGGAUCUUGAGACUACUAGAAACAAUUGUAAAGAAAACAUGCAACAAGCUGUUUUGAUUGAAAGGGAAAGAUUUACUCAAACGCAGUGGGACGUGGAGGAACUCCGUAGGCAGUGUUUGGAGUUGGAGCUAAAACUGAAACAUGAACAGGAUGAAAAGGCAUGUUCUGAGUCUGCUAAAAUUUCAAUACUGCAUGACAACAAAAUGUUGCUGCAGCAGUUGGAUGUUGCUAGAAAAGAUUUUGAAGACUUAAAUAAAGAUCAUGAAGAGUUACAGGUGAAGUCAAAAGCAGAUGUAAAGCUCCUUGUUAAAGAGGUCAAAUCUCUUCGAAAUUCUCAGAGAGAACUAAAGCAGGAGCUUAGCCGAUUGAUGAAAGAGAAAUUAGAAGUAGAGAGAGCAGUUCAUAAGGAAAAGCAAAUAACCGAGAAUGUAAUUGCUGCUAAUGCCAAGCUGUUGCAUGAGUGUGAAAUUCUUCACAACAGGCUUGAAGAAUGCAGUGUGAACUUCCUUAUCGAGGAGGAAGAUAAAUUAAUUGUGGAUACUUCAUCACCAUCUGAUGCCAUUGAUCUCUUGACUACAUCUGACAAUCGAAUUGGCCUCCUUCUUGCAGAGGCACAGCUCCUGGCGCAGGAUUUGGAAAAUUCUGUGGCAAGAUUGGAUGAAACUCACAACACAAAUGACAGUGAUAGAACGGAGAAUGAGUUGAGGAAGAUGCUGACAGAAACUUUCAUUGACAAUGCCAGAUUGAGGAUGCAGGUCAAUUCCAUAAUCCGAUGUGCUCUAAACAUACAUUUGAAGUCUGAUAAAGAUGAUGAGGAUGAGGAAGCUCCUUUGAGAAAAACUGUCUUAAGCAAAUUCUUAGAAAGAUAAUAUACAAGGAUAUGGAAACAAAAAAGCAUUUUCAUGUUAGAUUGUAUAUUUAAUAAUAGUUAUCAGAUUGUUAAA